UGUAAACAAAUCAGCUGUUGUUUUGUAGAUAUCACAAUUUUAUGUGAGUUUUUCUUAUUUUCCUUUCAAUAUCAACUUACUUUUUUUUACAAAUAACGGCAAUCACGCUCCAAAAUUAUGUCAAUUCCAAUAAUGAAGGCCGCGCUUUCUUUGCGGAGCUUCUUCAUCUUCAAUUCAAACUUUGGUCCAAAAGAAGGGGAGGAAGAGAAAAAGAUCUUAUUCUAUCAUCCGCAAGAGACAGAAAUUGAUUCCAAAGUAAAAGACGUUGGGCUGUGCGAGGCGAUAAUUAAAUUUAGCAGCACAUUUACUAAUGAUGAAAGUGUGCAAGCGUUGCAUACUCAAAAAACUUGCCAAUUAUACUAUCAACCAGAGCCAAGCUACUGGAUGGUGAUGAUACUGAAUGUGCCGUUCGAAAGGAAAACCCGCGACACGGGAGAUUACAAUGAAUACCACGGAGAUGAUAUCCAUGAUACUAUUUACCGAGCAGUGUUGAAACAUUCCUAUCGCAUGUUCCAUCUCUUUAAUGGCACGUUUGCGAGCAAUUUGAAAGCCGGAGAAGAUCUCGAUGCGAUUGCUAAUUUAAUAGGACAACUUGAAGAGUUCUAUGGAAAAUACAUUCUACAAUUGAAACUAAAAGAUUGUGAUGUGCUGGACGCAUUGGGCAGUGUUCAAUAUCUUCCAUUGAAUCAGUUGUUAUUUUUGAGGGUUCAGAAUUUCAUCAACAUGAUUGAAGCUACCUUCGAGCCCAUCAAACAUUGCAUUUUUCUUUACGAUCAACACAUAAUAUGGAGCGGAAUAAAUCCGGUAGAUCUGUACACGAUUUAUGACCAUUUGAAUGGUACAGUGCUUUCCAAUUCCAUCGGACAGGAAAGAUCGCGUAAAAUUCAUAUUAAAGAGGCCGGACUGAAUAAAACUUUCAACUUCAUGGUUUGCAGAAAAGUGCAAAAUAUCACCCUCUGUUUGUUUCUGGAAGAGGUAGAAAAUGAACAGGCUCUUUACCAUGAGUUAAACGCAGUAAUUAAUCCUCAGUUGACCAGUAUUUCAUCGGACAUUACUCAACAUCUGUCACAACAGACAUGCGUGGAAAAUGGUAAAGAUGACUGCUCGUCCAAUCCAAAGUUUAUUUAUUUCAACGAACUGAACCUUCAUCACAGAGGAACAAUUCGAUUAGGCCACCAAAAGAAACAGAAAUCCGGUGGAACUAUACCGAAUGAGGUAAUGAAUUUGGUGGUGGACUUGUUGGAUGAUUCGAGGAAAACUCGUAGCAACAUGGCAGAAGAAACCAUUCUCAAGACGCACGAUGAUUUUUGGAUUGUGAAGCGAAGUUGUAAUUCAAGACAUGUGUUUAUAGUGCUGAACAAAAGUUCCACCUUGAUCGACGUUAGCGAAGAGACGAAGCGAAUUGUGGACCAGCACCUGAAAGGGAUAUUCUUUUGAGAAUAAGUAAGCUGGCUGAUGGAACUUCGCUACAGACUGCUCCCGUAAAUAGGAUAUUCGAACGUACUGGAUCCGUGUCGUCAGAUAGUUAUAUUUAUUUAUGUAUCGGCUAUCCACAUUGUGAAUAAAUAUGGACAUUCAUUGUUAUACAACAUAAAA